AUGCUUUGCCAAGCCCGCGGGGGCUUGGACAUGACGGCAGAUGUACAGGCCAUCUUUGACAUCUGCGCAUCGUUCCCAUUGAGCAGCGAAGGCGCCUUCUGGGGACAUAAUCAUGAAAGGCUACAACCGCUCGAGCCGCCCGAGGGGGAGGACGGAUUUCUCAACCUGUACAGCGGAGAGAAUUUCUCAUUGGGGAGCGAUUGCCACUAUGCCGAGAACCCCAUGGACCCGAAUGUAUUGCCAGAGUUGCAUGACAUGGUGGCAAGACUUGAACAUCACCCCAACCCUGUUGAAGAUGCACAAAAAAUCAUUGGUAGAUGCGCCAAAGAGUCGCUGCGGGAAGAGCGAAAACAGUUGCCGUGCGUAUCAAGGACGUCGUCCCCUUUAUUGCGAAGGCUGCCAAACGAAAUCAUCUCGGCGAUUCUCCUCCAUCUACCUAGUGUUAGUGUGAGGAACCUGCAACUGGCUGAUCCAAUCUUUACUGAAGCCCAAAAUUUCCUGUGGUUCUGGGAGUCUCGGUUCGCUCCGGAUUGCGACUUCUGGUACGUGAACGAGACGAAGCCUGGUGGCUUGGGCAACCGAUGGGAUCUUUGGGAUCAGCUGUGCAUGAAGUACCACAACUGUCGCACAGCUAUCAACCGGAGACGAACAUUGAGAUUGACUCGCCGAAUGUGCGAUCUCAUACAUCAAAGGCACGAAAACGCCAAGCUCCUGAGACACUCAACAUCAGACAUUACAAAUGACGAGGACUUCUGGCUGAACAAUAGCCAUGAUGACAAAAUCUCAUUGUGCAGGGUGCCAAAUAUCACGGGCCUAGUUGAUCAAACCAUCGAGCUUGCCGACGACCUAAGGCAUGUAGCUUUCUCUUUCAAAACGGUCGCCAAUCAGCGUUACAUAUCUGGACUUCGACUCUACGGUGCCAAUAACCAGGAGAGGACUCUGGGUUACUUUUAUUCCACGGGCUACUCAACACCCCCUUGCAGUCAUCAGAGCCGGGCGGGAGAAUACAUUACAGGAUUCGAUAUCGCUCUGGAUAACCUGGGCAUCCGGGGCUUGCGCGUCCUUACAGAGUCUGGGAAGCCUUUUGGAUGGGUAGGGGAGCAGAAAGGACUUCCAAAGCGCAGGCUUAUUGCGACCCUUGACGACGGCAACUCCGUUCCGCGACAUGGAUUCAAACUCGUCGGCAUCGCCAUAUGCUCCACCUCUGAUCCGUGGCCCUCUAUUUCGUACGGUGAUGAAUGCUUUGCACUGGAAGACGGGCGUGAGGUCCAGUGUGAGGAGCAGCAAGUAGACCGGCCCAUGGUGCCCGAAAAGGAGACUUGGUAUCCAGACCUACCACCUCUGGGCUUGACAUACGUUCAACUGAACAAGGCUGACCGCCCCCUGCAGCAGCCGUAUCAUUAUUGCAUCUUUGGCGGUUCUCGAGGGGAGCGGCUUGGGCACCUCGACAGGAUUAUCAUCAGAGCAGACAAGCAUGUGCGUUCUGUAGCUUUUUAUUUCGACAAGGAUGGCGAGAAAACGGAACAAGUGGAAUUCACCCGGCCACGCUAUGGACUCGAACUCGGAGAAAAGAUGGCCGUGGUUUCGCUGGCCAUUGAUGGCGCAGGAGGAGAGCGGAUUACAAGAGUCGAGAGUAUCCUUGACCCUUCUACCAAGAUACUAAGUAGCCUCCAGGUUUUCACCAGCAAGGGACAGGCAAUCUGCUCGCAGACUACUCGCAGCGAGGAGAAUACUAGCAACGCGGAGAACACACUGAGCAAAGACAAAGCAGACAUUUACGACACGACUACAAGUCCAUGCGGCACAGAAAGAAACAUAGUAGGCUUCUUUGGCACAAUGACGGCUCACACUUCCCAGGGCGGCAUAUCAAGCAUCGGGGUUGUGUGCAUUUAG